AGAUUUAUUCAUUAAAUGCAAUUGAAGUUCGCUUUGCUGUUUAGUACUAAUUGAUGUUUGAAUCAGAAUAGGUGCAAAUACCAUCAACAUGCCGUGUCCAGCAUUAAUUAAAAGUGUCUCUACGAUGUGUUAUGCAAAGUGUGCAAAGCAUGUCGCAGUUUUUACUCGUGGUUACCGUUACCGGGAGGACGUUCACGGUUACAAACAAGCAGCAAAUGUUGUUAAUAAUGAAACUAUAUCUUCCACCUCAAACGACCCAACUAUGCAAGGCGUUGAAAGAUUAAUUGAACAAUAUGAAAGACAUGGCCACAGAAUUGGGAAACUUAAUCCUUUAAAACUACCACAUCUGCCUGAACUUGAAAGGUUUGCUUUACUGGAUCCUUCGCUCUAUGGGUUGGAACUCCAGCAAGACAUAUCAAUUCAAGGUGAAACCAAAACUGUAGAAACCCUGGUUGGAGAACUGAGUGAGAAGUUCUGUGGAAAUAUUACAUUAGAAACCGACAGCAUGACUUCUGCUAGUGAGAAGCAAUGGUUACUUGACCAAUUCUCUCUUGUACAAAGCGAGGAAACGUCUCAAGAUCAAAAGCGAAGAAUGGCUGAGCUGAUGGUCAAAUCGCAGGUGCUCGACAAUUUCCUCGCAACAAAGUUCCCGACAUUGAAAAGAUACGGGGGUGAAGGUGCUGAGAGUAUGCUGGUGUUUGUGGAGGAAUAUUUACGUAGCUCCUCACUUGAUGGGGUGGAGGAUGUGGUUAUAGGGAUGCCACAUAGAGGAAGGAACAAUCUACUUGUUGGGUUGCUUAAUUAUCCUGUUGAGGUAAUGAUCCAAAAAAUUAAAGGUUCCCCUGAAUUCCCAGAUGAAGCAAUGCCGAUAGCUACUGGUGACGUAUUGUCACAUCUGAGCAUGUCUACUGAUCUUGUAUUUGAAGAAGGAAAAAACCUUCAUGUUAAUUUAAUUCCCAAUCCAUCACAUUUAGAAGCAGAGAACACAGUAGCACAGGGUAGAUGCCGCGGUCGUCAACAAACAAUUAAAGAUGGUGAUUAUUCAACAGAAGAUACCACAAGAGGCAGUAAAGCUACAUGUCUUUUGUUGCAUGGAGAUGCUUCAUUUACUGGGCAAGGCAUAGUAAUGGAGGGUUUAAACAUGAGCAGAUUACCACACUUUGACAUCGGUGGAACCGUUCAUCUUAUAGUUAACAACCAAGUUGGGUUCACCACUCCUCCAAAUAAGGGAAGAUCUUCAUUAUAUACAAGUGAUAUAGGCAAAAUGAUUGGUUGUCCUGUGAUUCACGUGAAUGGCGCUGAACCGGAACAAGUUUUAAGAGCUGCCAAACUCGCUGUUGCAUAUCGACAAAAAUACAGAAAGGAAAUAAUAAUCGACCUCCUUUGUUUCCGACGAUGGGGUCAUAAUGAGCUUGAUGAUCCAACAAUGACACAACCACUCAUGUAUGAUGUCAUAAACAACCGACACUCAAUCCCAGACGAAUAUGCCGGGAAACUAAAAGAAAACAAGAUUUUGUCUGAAAAUGAAAUAGAAAGUUGGAAAACUGAGGAGCAGUCACGCUUAAAUGAUUCAUUCAGCGACAAUAGACCAAUCAGUGAGAAGAGUUAUCUUUCAAAUAAAUCACCUUGGGGGAAAAUGAAAAUACCAAGCGACAAGAAAGUUACAACAUGGGAUACUGGUUGUGAUGCUGACGUGCUGAGAUAUGUGGGUGCAAAGUCUGUUGCUGUGCCUGAACAAAUGAAAACUCACAACAGAAUUCAGAAAUCUCACUCCGAUUCUCGAAUCACUAAGUUAAAAUCUGAUGGUUUGGUUGACUGGGCGCUGGCUGAGACUUUAGCGUUUGGUUCGUUGAUCCACCAAGGUUACAACAUCAGGUUGUGUGGACAGGAUGUGGGUCGUGGGACCUUCGGCCACCGUCAUGCCAUGAUGGUUUGCCAGGAGAGCGGUGCAGUUGAUAUCCCACUGAAUAAACUAUCACCAGACCAAAACGCACACCUUGAGCUGGUGAACUCCUUGUUAUCAGAAGAAGGAGUCCUUGGGUUUGAAUACGGGAUGAGCGUUGAACAUCCGGACCGACUCGUGAUAUGGGAAUCACAGUUUGGAGAUUUCUUCAACGGGGCACAGAUUAUUUUCGAUACUUUCAUCUCAUCCGGAGAAGCUAAAUGGAUGCAGCAAAGUGGUCUAGUUGUCUUGUUACCUCAUGGUUAUGAUGGAGCAGGUCCGGAACAUUCCUCUUGCAGAAUUGAACGGUUUUUACAAAACACCAACAGCUCAGAGGAUGUUGUAGACAGUGAUGCAGUAAACAUGUCAGUAUGCCACCCCACCACCUCUGCACAAUACUUCCACCUUCUCAGAAGACAAAUGAUCCGAGAUUUCAGGAAACCCCUUAUUGUGGCUUCGCCCAAAAUACUCCUAAGAUUACCGGCCGCUUCUUCCCCAAUGAAAGAGUUUGAAUCAGGAACCCACUUUCUCCCUGUGGUUCCAGACAGCAGUUCAAAGUCCCCACAAACGGUGAAGAAAGUGAUUUUCUGUUCUGGGAAACAUUAUUUUGCCUUGGAGGACCAACGGAAAAAAUUGGCUGAACAAAACAAAGAUCUUAACAAUGUAGCAAUCGUUCGUAUUGAAGAACUUUGUCCUUUUCCUGCGGAAGCGCUGCAUCGUGAGGUUUCUAGAUUUACUUCAGCCGAUACAUUUGUUUGGGCACAGGAGGAACCACGGAAUAUGGGGCCGUGGAACUUUGUGGAUACAAGAUUCCGUAAUUUACUUGGAAUACAGUUAAAAUAUUGUGGACGUCCCGUCAUGGCAGCUCCAGCUGUUGGGAUCAAUGCUUUACACUUACAACAAAUACAGAAGAUUUUGAAUGACCCAUUUAAUUUAUAACAGGCUUCAUAAUGUAAUAUAGUACUGUGGGGUAAGAUUGGAUACUGUUAGCACUUAAUAUAUCUUAUGUUUGCUAACCAUGUUAAAACAAUUAGCAAUACUCAAAGAGUCGUUAGAAUAAGGUUAUAUUAUUCUGUAUUUCUGUGAUUAUUCUUUGUUUACCAAAAGAGAGUGAGAACAUGUCUCAUCUUACCCCGACUUACUAUACCUUCAGUACUUUAAAUGUGAGCCUGCCUACAUGGAUAGAUUUUAUUUCAAACUUUAUUUAUGUGUCUUAAAGACCUAUUUAAAACUUGGGCUUUUUAAUAUUAUAUCUAUUUACUUUAUUUAAUAAAUCAUGUUCAAGUAAAUCAGUAAAUUUAGGAUAUUUACUUUUAACUUUGUAUGAAGUUGUUACCUAUUCACUGUGUAUUGGCUUAUAGGUUUUGCUUCACUUUACUUUACAACGUAGUUGUGUUUAAUAGUUCCUACUGUGUGCAAUAUUAGUGGGGAAAUUUACAUUAGCAGUUGAUAAAAACAGAUACGAAUUUGGUAAUAGUAUACAAUGUUUCUAAAUUGCUUUGUAUAUUGAUUGUCAGGAAUAAAUACAGCAACGAAAAUAGUGGUUACAA